AAGGGCAGUAAAUUUCAGCCCUUCAAAAAGUUUUUUGGAAGGAGAAAAAAACGGGAGGCCACGCCAGAUCGUGAGACCACCAAGUUGAAGGCAAGCAGUUCCUUUGGAAAUGUCUGUAACGGGGCGCUGUCUUCUGAUGAAGAGACCAACAAUGGCUUGAGGUCUCCCAGCUAUAGCAUGGGAACACGGGCCUUUUCCCAUGAGAGUAUUUUUAUGCCUGAUGGGCGAGCAGAGAGCGAAGAGUCCAUUCAAGCAAUGUCACAAGAUAAUCUCGUUGGCAAAGUCAAAACUCUUCAGCAACAGUUGGCCAAGAAUAUUAAAUUUGGCCAACCCUCACAAAUGACAGUUUCUGUGAAAGCACCUGGGGAAGUUAGUGCAAGUUUGGAAGCAGAUGUGUUGCUGAAUAACCCCAUGGAGACUGUGAUGCCACCAGAUGUGGUCCUUCCAGAGAACCACCAUAAACAACAGUUGGCCAAGAAUAUUAAAUUUGGCCAACCCUCACAAAUGACAGUUUCUGUGAAAGCACCUGGGGAAGUUAGUGCAAGUUUGGAAGCAGAUGUGUUGCUGAAUAACCCCAUGGAGACUGUGAUGCCACCAGAUGUGGUCCUUCCAGAGAACCACCAUAAAUCAGCUGUGAUGCUUGAUUCCUUAAGUCCCGCAAGUCUGGGUGAAACAAGUCGUGACAGAGAUGAGAAGGUGACCCCUGUCAAAGUGUCAUCUCGGCCAAAAAGACACCAUUCCCCUUCUGGAACCAUUGAAACCGUCAACCUUGACGCCAUCCCUUUGGCCACCGCUUGCCUGGACAACAGCGCAGCAAAGCACAAACUCUCAGUCAGGCCAAAGAACCAGAGGGUUUCCAAAAAGCACAGAUUGUCAAAGGAGGUACAAAGUUUAAUUGAAACUGACUUUGGACAAGACAUCCUAGAAUCGCAGGGCACUGAAGAUAAAAUGACAAAAGAUGAUAGCUAUUACAGACCAGAGAAGUUAAUCCAGCAUGGAAAAGUCCAGGAACAGAAAACUGAAGGAAAACGAAAACAAGACCACUGGAUAAAACUUGAGGCAGGGAAAAAGGAAGAAAUGGCUGAAGCAAAAUUCAAAAGCCCUAUGGAACACAAAAGAUGUCAAGAAUUUGAGGGAGUCCAAGGAGAACAAGUAGGGAAAAAACUGCAACUUCAGGAAGAACAACUUUAUCAAAUGGAAGAGAAAAAAGAUCAAGAUCAUCAGGCAAAAGGCCUAAAAGAACAAGGAAAACAGGGAAGGGAUGGAGAAGAGCUUGAAAAAUUGCAGGCAGAAAUCCCAAAAAAAUCUCAGGAUCUUGAGGAACAAAAACAAAGGGAUCAAGAACAGGCACAACAUGAACUAGAGGCACAAGGACAGCAGGAAGAGCAGAAACCACAUGAAGUGGACAUGCAAUGGCAGAAGGAGAAAAAGAAGAAACAACAAGAACUAGAGGCACAAAGGCAGCAGGGAGAAGCAAAAAGACAGGGUGAACUGGAGGUCCAAAGGCAACAACAGGAAGAAGAAAAGAGACAAUUUCAACUGGAGGUCCAAAGACAGCAUGAGGAAGAACAAAAGAGACAAUGUGAACUACAACUACAAAGACAGCGGGAGGAAGAACAAAAAAGACAAUGUGAACUCGAGGUCCAAAGGCAAUAUCAGGAAGAAGCAAGGAAACAACAUGAUCUGGAGAUUCAAAGACAAUGGGAGAGAGAACAAAAGCGACAACGUGAACUAGAAGUACAGAGACAGCAGGAGGAAGAAAAGAGACAACGUAAACUAGAACUACAAAGACAACGGGAGGAAGAACAAAAGAAACAACAUGAAUUAGAACUACAGAGACAACGGGAGGAAGAACAAAAGAGGCAACGUGAACUAGAACUACAGAGACAACGGGAGGAAGAACAAAAGAAAGAACGUCAACUAGAAAUACAGAGACAGCUGGAGGAAGAACAAAAGAGACAACGUGAACUAGAACUACAGAGACAAUGGGAAGAAGAACAAAAGAGACGAUGUGAACUAGAACUACAGAGACAACGGGAAGAAGAACAAAAGAGACAACGUGAACUAGAACUACAGAGACAACGGGAGGAAGAACAA